CAUGCGCACAGCUCCAUAUGGCUCCAAGAUGGCUGACACAGCGUCCGGCGGCUCCGGCACGCGGGCGGGCAGCAAGCAGGCGGGCACCCCUGCGGACAAUUACCACCUGGCGCGGCGCCGGACGCUGCAGGUGGUGGUCAGCUCGCUGCUGACCGAGGCCGGCUUCGAGAGCGCCGAGAAAGCCGCGGUGGAGACGCUCACCGAGAUGAUCCAGAGCUAUAUUUCGGAAAUUGGGAGGAGUGCCAAGUCCUACUGCGAGCACACAGCCAGGACCCAGCCCACGCUCUCGGACAUCGUGGUGACCCUCGUGGAAAUGGGAUUCAAUGUGGAAACUCUUCCUGCCUAUGCCAAGCGUUCCCAGAGGAUGGUGAUCACUGCCCCUCCGGUGACAAACCAACCCGUGACCCCCAAAGCCCUGACAGCUGGGCAGAACAAGCCCCAUCCACCCCACAUUCCCGGCCAUUUCCCGGAGUUCCCAGAUCCUCACACGUACAUCAAGACCCCAACCUACCGGGAGCCGGUGUCCGACUACCAGGUGCUGCGGGAAAAGGCGGCUUCCCAGCGGAGGGACGUGGAAAGGGCCCUCACACGCUUCAUGGCCAAGACAGGAGAGACCCAGAGCCUCUUCAAGGAUGAUGUCAGCACAUUCCCAUUGAUUGCUGCCAGGCCUUUCACUGUGCCCUACCUGACAGCUCUGCUCCCCUCCGAGCUGGAAAUGCAGCAGAUGGAGGAGACGGAUUCCUCGGAGCAGGACGAGCAGACGGACACCGAGAACCUCCCGCUGCACAUGAGCACGGACGAUGCAGGACCUGAGAAGGAGAACACCUCAGUGCUGCAGCAGAACAGCUCCCUGGCAGGCAGCAGGAACGGGGAGGAGAACGUGAUCGACAAUCCCUACCUGCGGCCCGUGAAGAAACCCAAAAUCCGCAGGAAGAAGUGAGGGGGGACCUGAAAUUCCUUUGGCUGCUCCAAGAAACGCACAGGGGGGUCAGGAGAGGCAGUCCAGCUGAGGAAGGAGCUCUCUGCAUGGUGAACUCUGCUCCCACCCUGCCUUCCCGUGCUCCCUCUCCCCUCUGCUCACUGCAGUGCUCCAGGAAAACUGCCUGGGAAUUGUCUGGGGGACUUUGGUUUCCAUUCUGGGGAGGAUUUCUUUUCUGAAGAGCUGGGGGACCCAGGGUUUGGAGGGACACAGAGCUUGGAUUUGGAGGACACAGGAGCUGAGGGACACAGGGUUGGAUUUGCAUUUGGAUUUGCAUUUGGAUUUGGAUUUGGAUUUGGAUUUGGAUUUGGAUUUGGAGGACACAGGAGCUGAGGGACACAGGGUUGCAUUUGGAUUUGGAUUUGGAGGACACAAGGAUUUUCCUGCUCCCACUUCCCAGCAGAACACAUUGGUGUGUUGGUGCCUGGCAGGCUGGAAAAAGAACUUCCAUCAACCCUUAAAUCCAAGGAAUGUGUAUUAGCAAAGAAACCUCCCAGGGAGGUUCCUCCUUUCGCAUUCUUGGCAGGUAAAAGCAAACAAACCUUUUCUUUUAUAACCUGAAGGUUUUUGGUGUGCUGGUAACGGAGUGAAGUGCAAAUCCAGAGCUCCAAGGAUAUUUCAUCCUCAUUUUGCAGCUGUGCUGAGGACUCCAAACCUUCCAAGUGUGGUGGUGUCACCCCUGAGAUGAUUUUCCUGUCACAGCUGCUUCGGGCUCCUUUGCAGUUCAUUGUUGUUUUCCACACAGCUCAAAUCCUUGGAGAGUUCCCUCCUUCCCCAGUUGCUUUGGAAGCUGGAAAAUGGAACAAAGCUGCACUGACGGCAGCAGUGCUUUUAUCACCAAAAGUUGGGUUUUUUCCCUGCUUUAUUUUUGUUUUUAUCACCAAAAGUUGGGAUUUUUCCCUGCUUUAUUUCUGCUUUUAUCACCAAAAGUUGUUUUUUUUUCCCCUGCUUUAUUUCACCUUUUUAUUCCCUUUAUUUUUAUAUGUGUUGUCAUUAUUGGCUGGUUCUGGAGGGCUGUGCUUUCAUUUUCCUUCAGCGUUUUCUUAGGCAAAAUCUGGGUUAUUAUCCAAGAGAAAAGGCUCCUGUGGUUUGAUCCAAUCUCCCAAGAAUUCCAAGUUCACCUCCAUGCGGUUAAAAGAAUCCUCCCUCUUCCCCCAUCACCCAGGGAGGAUGAAAACAAAAACAAGUUAUUUUUUUUUUCAAUGAUCUCCUGCCAAAAAAUCUGAAAUUAAAUCUCAAAACCCCCUCUGUGUGUGCCACUGUCACUUCUGCUGGUGCCUUGCUUGUACAGAAUGACAAAUGUACAGACACACCCUGUAUAUGUUUGUAUAUAUCCAAAAGUUUUAUCUUUUUUUAACUUUUUUUUUUUUUUUUCUGCAAGGAGAAAAAUCCCUUGCUGGGUAGGGGAAAAAAAAAAAAAAAAAAGUGGAAUGAAAAUUGUAGUUUUUAUGUUCAUAAUAAAAGAAAUUUUAUCUCCUAU